UACUCUCACCUCCCUGUUACCUACUCCCCACUGGCUAACACAGGAAGCACAGAGGCCUGUCUACUCCGCUUCUUCUGCGUGCAUACAUUUACACAUCUGUUCUUGUGGAGCGGAACUGAACUGAACUGUGGCUAGAUAGAGAAGAAGUUGGUUGGUUAAAGGAGUGGUUGGUUCCUGCUCUUAAAGACAGUCUACUUGGCACUGGAGAUCGAGUAGCUCUCUUCCCCCGGCAGUCAGAUAGUAAGCCUGAAGUUGGACCCCACAGCCUCACCAUGAGCGGAAAACGGAAACUGAGUUUAAAGUGGUUUGGAAUUCUCCCUAACUUCUCCUUCCGUCGCAGCUCAUUGUCUGACAAAUUCGACUCCAAGUCCUCCUCCGCCGAGCCUGAUGGGGCUGGGGCUGUGGAGACGUUUUUUGACGACAUGGAUAUGAUGCAUCCAUGCACAUCCAGCUUCAGCGACAACUACACGCACAUGGGCACCUUUCCCCGCUUCCUCCUCAGGAAGAGUGACAAGAGUGGGAAUUCUGGGAAGAGAGGGACCAAGAAGAUCAAGGAGAAGACAGGGGCAAGGCUGGGCAGGAGUCAGAGCCAGCGGCCGGCAGGGGACCAUGUGUGUAGCUCUCACCUGCUCAUGGUACAAUCCAGCCGGCCUGGCUCCAGAAAGGACCAGCCUCUCUCACCUUUAUCCACCCAGGCCGGUCCUGGUCCAAGGCCCCAAUGGGACCAAGGGCUGCCUCCCAUCCCCAGAGGAGGAUCACUCGAUAGGAAUGAACACGGAGACCCACAGGCCCACUGUGAGGAAGAAGAACCACACCAAGGGCAGCUUAUGUCAGCUCAGGAUGUGGGGCCUCGUACCUCUAACGCCCCGCCGCUCACUUGUGAAGACGUCUCCAAAGAACGCGCAUUCACCACUGAUCAGGGUGCAGCUUCAAAUACAGCUUCAACUGGUGGGGCUAGAAGGAACCUUGCUACUGUUCCUGAGCCACCUCCAACCCCCAAGCUUCUAAAGAAAACCUUGCAGAAGCCUGGGACCCUUGUCACCCAUCAGAUCGAGGAGGGCCUCCCCAUGAAGAGAGCCGAUAACCUGGUAACAGACAGUAAUUCCAGCCCCCUGCCUGAGAGGGCCUCCAGUGGUUCUACUGAUAGAGACCUGGGAGAGGGCCUUCAGAGGGAAAGCCAGGCUGUUAAACCUGUGGACAGUCACAUGGACCAUAUAGACAACAAGACUGAAUAUGUCAAGGCGGAAGAAGACUGCCAGGCCCGGCCUGAACUGGACUGGGCUGGCCUGGACUCGACUAGACUGGACUGGCCCGGCCUAGACUGUUUCUCCAAGGAGAAGUACCUGCUGGAGUCUCCACCAGAGAAACUACGGAAGGAGCUGGAGGAGGAGCUGAAACUCUGCAGCAGCGAUAUCAGGAGCCAUGGCUGGUACCAUGGACACAUCCCUCGAGAGCUGUCGGAGACUGUAGUCCUGCAGAACGGGGAUUUCCUGAUCCGUGAUUCGCUGAUUAACACGGGCGACUACGUCCUAACGACCCGCUGGAACCACGAGGUUCUGCAUUUCAAGAUCACCAAGGUCCUGGUCAAGUCCAGCACUGAGUCGAAGGUCCAGUACCUGUUGGAGACGGACAGCUUCGACUCCAUACCUGAACUGGUGAGGUUCUACGUGGCCGGCCGGCGGCCUGUCUCCCAGCCCAGUGGAGCCCAGAUCUACUGUCCAAUCAUACGCACCCUACCCCUGCGCUACCUGGAGGCCACAUUUGCCUUAGCCAAUAGCAGGCACAGCCUGGCCCACUCACCGUCCAGUCAGAGAGGAGCGUACAUCAAGAGGCGGAGCGUAACCAUGAACGACGGAUUGACCACAGAGAAGCUGAUACCUCACAGCCCUUCUACUAUUCACAACCACAAGGAUGCAAUGAGGAACUGUGCCGUGAGUAUGGAUCAGAUCCAGGAGUAUCGCUGUCCCCUGUCUCCUGUAGGAGAAACACCUCUCUCCCCAGCAUACAGCCACAUCCACAGACACAGAACCCAGUCAGGGGGUAGAGUUCUGGCAGUGGUUCCCCCCUCACCAGUCCUGAGACGCUCCAGCGAGCCCCAGCUCAGCCCUGGCUCCAACAACAACCUACCCGACAUGCUAGCUGCCAGCUCCCACUCCACCCCGGCCCACUGCUCCUGCCCAGCCCCAGCAGGGGGCUCAGGAACAGAGGGAAGCUACUGCGACCUCAGGCCCUCCCCGGCCCCAUGUCCCGGGGCUCCAUGUACCGCUGGUAUGCCCCCCACGCCUCCAGCUAAGAGCUACGUGGAGCGGCUGCGUGUGGAGGAGGCCCGAGGGCCUGCCCCAGGGAGGGAGAACGGAGCAGGGGCUGGGGGAGAGGCGUUCAGCGCCCCCCUGGUGGAGACUGCCUCCUCCUUCAGACCAGGGAAGUACCUGUCGCCCCUGAUCCCCCAGGAAAACAAGCCCUUGGAGAUGAGCGUGCUGAAGAGAGUCAAGGAGUUGUUGGCUGAGGUGGACGCUAGGACGGCUGCUAAACACAUCACAAUGGCCGACUGCACGGUGGCAAGGAUACUGGGCGUUACCAAGGAGAUGCAGAGGAUGAUGGGAGUAGGUUCAGGACUUGAGCUUUUGACUCUACCUCACGGACAUCAGCUGAGACUGGACCUACUGGAGAGGUUCUACACCAUGUCUAUAAUGAUGGCUGUGGACCUGCUGGGGUGUACAGGCAGUACAGAGGAGAGGGCUGCUCUGCUCCAUAAGACCAUCCAGCUGGCUGCUGAACUCAAGAGCAACCUUGGGAACAUGUUCGGCUUUGCUGCUGUGAUGAGAGCACUGGAGCUGCCACAGAUUUCUCGCUUGGAGCAGACGUGGAUGACGUUGCGUCAGAGACACACAGAGGGAGCCAUCCUCUAUGAGAAGAAGCUCAAGCCCUUCAUGAAGAACAUGAACGAUGGCAAAGAGAGCAGUGUGCUGUCCAACACGUCCUUCCCUCACGUGGUUCCUCUGCUGUCUCUGUUGGAGAAGGGUGUAGCCAUGGGGGAGGGGCCAGGGGCGGGGAUAGAACCCUGGGAGAACGUGGAGGCGGGUGUUGAUGUGGUGAUGUCACACCUGGAGGCGGCCCGGACCAUCGCUCACCAUGGGGUGCUGUACCGCACCAAUGCUGAAACCAAACUACAAGGCUUCCAGGAGAGUCAGGAAGUUCUGGAGAUCUUCCGGACAGAGUUCCAGAUGAGGUUGCUAUGGGGAAGCAGGGGUUCGGAGGGCAGCCAAUCGGAACGCUAUGAGAAGUUCAACAAAGUCCUGACCGCUCUGUCUCACAAGCUGGAGCCUCCUGUACGCCACAGCGAACUAUAGCACCCAUCUCACUGAACACCCCUAUACAAAGCACUGCGCUCACAGUGGUACGACCCGCCUCCCCAUACUGCAAGGCACCUUGAUGUGGAUGUCCAAAGUGAAUAAGAGGGGAGGAGGCCGACUAAACCGAGACAAAAUAGUGUACUUAGAAGAAGACAGGAGGCGAGAAGGAGCAUCUCACUGUAUAUCCCCCCCCCCAAAAAGGCACAAAGGGCUUUUUUCAGAGCUCUUCAAUAGGCUGUAAUAUUUCCCUCCCUAAAUGCUGAAAGACAGAGUGGGUCGAGGAGGAGUGGGGAAUUGGGUAUUCUUCUACCCAUCAGCAAGCUACAAAGAACAACAGGUAUGGUGUGCGCUGAGGGUCAAACAGUGCAUGAGAAAUUGGAUCUAGCUGUUCUCUGGUAGAUCACAUGAAGCUCUGAUCUGUCUUCAACACCUUCAUUAUUACCCUUACUAUUACGUCUGCACUUACUGGCUCAUUGUCGCACACUGUUCUGUCAGAGAGUAAUAGUAAACACAGUGUGUGUGUGUGUGUGUGUGUUCUGUCUGACUUGAAGAGAGAGUCAUAUUUAACACAAUGUGUGUGUACUUCAGGACACCAGUACCCCAGAGAUACAUCGGCAUCUAUCUCUAUGACCUCUGACCUGUCUCAUCGGACCUCAGCUUCUGACUGAGAGGUUGUGUGUUCUAGAAUCUGUUCUUCUUGUAUAGACUCUCUGCGUGGCUGCCAUUACUUCAUCACAUAGCCCAUCGGGUCCCCUGUUGUUGACACACGCAGUGUGCUCAUACAGACAGACACUUAUCCUCCCCCACAACACACAAUAAUGUAUGUUGCCAAGUCAUAUCAGCUGUUUGAGGCAUACUAAGCAAUUCUCUCUGUGGGUUUUGUUUGUGUGCUGUUCAGAAGCAGUUCUCUUAUUGAGGCUCUUCUGAGAAGCAUCCCCUCUCCUCAUUUCUGGCAUGUCAUCCAUUUUUCAUAUUACUCUGAUUUUGUUUGAGUACCGUUUGGUAGCUUUUAUUUUAAUGGGAGCUAUUUUGGGAAGCAUUCCUCUCCCGCUCCCUCUCCUUAUCUCUGGCAUGCCAUUAAUGUUUCAUAAUGACUCCAGUCCCAUUGAAAUCAUAUGAGCAUGUUUGCCUUGUCCUCACUUGUCACAAACAUACCAUUAGAAAUAUCCUUAAAGCACUCUGACCUGUUUGAGUGAAUUAAUGUGCUUUUUUACAUGUAAAAACACUGACUACUAUUUUCUUCAACUUUAUUUAGAUAAAAAUGUUCUGUGUGGUUUUAUUGCUGACCGGCAGAUUUUGUUGACAUGUUUAAAGACUUUGUUGACAUGGUAACAUAACAUGUUUGAGCCUCUGCUGUUGCCGUAUAGGAUUCAGGUUUUAACCAGUGUGAAUGAAUGUGCUUUAGUCUGAAAGUGACCAGAAUGUUCUCAGGGCAGAAUGGAGGCCCCCUCAGAUCUAGCCUGGUCCCAGACCUGUUUGUGCUGUCUUCUUGCCAACUUCUCUGGUCAUUGUCAGCCAAAGAAACUAUACGAGAUUGCAAAACAACAUAAAUAGAUGUGGGAUCAGGCUACCUCAAACCCCCUCAGUGACUGUAUGAUGUGUUUUGCUUUGUAUGUAUGAUAACGUGUGUUUGAUAUGAUAUGGACAGAGUGUUGAAAAGGACAUUUAGAUUUUAAAACCAUCAAAAGCGUUUUUGAUUUCACAUAUUCACUGUAGGAUCGUGCUAUUUUCACUCACUCAAAUUCAUAAAAUGUUCUCUUUUAAAUUGUAUUGUUGCUGAAAUGCUUUAGUAAAAUGCAACAUCAAGAUGAGGGCUUAAAGGAAUCUGUCAACGUCCUUGGAACUAAAUACAGUGUGACCUUUUGAUCAAAUAAUACCUGGCAACCUUUCCUCUGCCGACUCCUAAGCAGUGUUGCGUUGAAACACAAAAGCACUAUGAAUGAAGAUGACGAUUUAUUUUCGAUCUGUUUGUUGAAGUGUCAGUGUCUGCUAAUUGCUUUCCAAUCCAUGAUGUAUUUAGGCCUGAGAUAGAGAGCUGACUCAGAUCUAUGCAAUCACUUUUAAAUCAAUUAAGAGUCCCAUAGAAAACAAGCAGAGUAGACACUGCUGCCCCUGAGGAUGUGAGUCGUGUCCUACUGGGAACAAUCCACUUGAACGCCCCUCUAACUGGUAUGUACUACUGGGAAACUCGUCUAUCAUCCCUGAGCUACAACUUCUCCCACAUGCUGACAUCUGACGUCACCUACUAAGAAAAUGACCUUGAUAACAGCAUUUGAGAGUUCAAUGCAACAACAAAACAAUUUAUAAAAAGCAAUCCAUUAAUAUGGGUUUUGAAUACUAUAAUUGGUUUACAAGCAUGAUAGCUGUACUUUUAGUUUAUGGUUGAGCAGCUUGUUGGCCAUUAGCCAAUCAGCAUUCCUCAAUGAGUUCAAAGCACGUGAAUGCAUCCAACUGGUAUUUACCACUUUACAACUGGUAAUAACCACCUUCCUACUUGGUUAUGAAUGCAGCAUAAGUGCCAGCCAGCCAGAAAGUGCAUCCCAGGUCGUAUUCAUAAGGCACCAAACAAAGGAAAACAUACUGAAACGGGGAGCGAUUAUCAAUUUUGUUUUCUGUUGCAAAACGUUUUGCUACAGUGUGCCCUAAUGAACACGACCCCAGUCAGCCAGUGAGAAUAAAGGGGAGAGCCAAAGUCCAAUAGCCUCUCUUGUCCAGUAGAGGGCACUAUAGUUCAGUCAGCAAAAAAAUAUAAAAAAAGACACCUUGAUUUGAAUCUUUUUUUGAGUGUUUUUGUGAUUUAUUAAUAAAGCCUACUGGUUUAGGAACGAUUUGAAGAUGUACUGUAUGUAAUUAUGUUUGUCUCACCUUAUGUUGUACAGAUUACAUGUGUUUUUUUUCCUGUUGUAAAUAAUCAUUCUGAAAUGAUGAACCUAUAAAGAAAAAUGACAAAAAAACUUCCAUGUUUGUGACCCCAUGUUUUUUUUAAUGUACUGUACAUAAUGGUUCACUUGUUUUUCAAAUAAAAUAAAGCUCGAGUCAAUGACG